AUGUCUUAUAUAUUUAUUUUUCUUGUAAUUAAUUUUGUUUAUAUUCUAUACACAUGUUGUGAUAAUAAUUCUAAACCAGCUUAUAAAAUUUCAAAGAAAGGAAAAGUUUCAGAUCUUAAUGGUACUACUCUUACCUCUAAAUAUUUGCCUACACAAAAAUGUUCUAUUAGUUUGUCCUCAUCAGAUUCCUCAAGGGGUAAUAGAAGAUCUUGUGAAAAGAAAUCAAAAAUUUCAAAUCAUAAAAAAAGUAGAAAUUCAGAUGAAAAUAAAUUGACACAUAGAUCAUUGUCCAUUCGAAGUAAUCAAAAUUUAAGAGAAUCUGCAUAUUUACCACAUACUAUUUUACAAGAUCCAAUAAAUAAUAACGUUAAUAAAAAAAAACGUCAAAAACAGUUUUUAAAGAACGAGAAAAAAUCGAAUUCAAAUGAAGAAGUUAAAAAAAGUAGUAUUGAUACUUUCCAAAAAUUAGUUAAUGUACCACAAGAUGGUUUUUCUUCUCCAGUUCCUAGUUUAAAUAAAAAUGUAUUAGCUAAUUAA